AUGCUCCACGGCUGGACAGCCAGCUUCUCGGGCCUGCUUGUGCUGUUCACCAUAGUUACAAGCGUCCUGGCCCAGGACCUCGGCAUUAGGCUCGACAAAAGCGCCUACGAGAACGCCCAGCGCGUUAUCUACUCGUCUAAACUCACGUUCACAGCAAACACUGCCACCCUCUUCACGGAUGACCAGCUCUACGGGCUUGCCGGUCUGGCCCACACGCAAAUGCAGUCCAAGUUCCGGGCCGACGGUAUCGAUCAGAAACUUCAGCCCAGCAUGAUGGCAGCUAUGGCUGUCGGGAACGACAUCUACCUGUCCUCAAGCUUAAAGGGUGGCUGGUUCGUGUAUAACAAGAGGCGCGGAGGCGGCCCCCAGCUACACGCAUUGUGGCCUUUGGAAAAGCAGGCCUAA